AUGUUAAGUCAUCAGUUAAUGUUUGUUAUUGCUAAUACUAAUUUUGUAGUAUCUCAAGCACCAAGAUGUAAAACCACACAAAAUGUGUAUCAAGGUGAAGCAAGUGCUGAAUAUACCUCUAUGACCUCCAAAAUAGAUGUGGAUUGGUGGUUUUUACAACAACUUUCAGGUGAUGAUGGUGGUGCGAUUUACACAGACAGCAAUUUAUCUGAUAAAAAAAUAAUAUCGGAAAUCAACAAUUAUUAUACCAAAAAUAAUAAUAAAAUUCCAAAUCCAGUAACUAUAACAUAUGAACAAAUAUUAAAUAAUAAUAAUAAUUACAAUAGUAUUGCAUAUAAUAAUGAACCAAGACAUAAAGUAAAAAAAGUUAAGGGCGUAAUAGUUUCUACUGAUCCUACAACUCGUGAUGAUCCUGGUACAGGUGCUCAUGCCAAGGGUUUUUUUAUUUGGAACAGUCAAGGAGGUAUUCAUGUUAUUCAUAGUUAUCCUCAGUCACCUGUAAAAGAUAGUGCUGAAGAAUUAGAUAUUAUUCCAAAACUUUUAAUUUAUGGUGAUUUUAUUAUUAAUGCAAUUAAUGGUAUAAACAUUAAAAAUAUAACACAUAAACUAUCGAGUCUAUCCGAGUUUACUCAAAUUGGAGCCCUAGUUGGUCCAUUAAUCAAUACCACAGGUUUUACAGAAGCUGAAAUCGCUGUUUUUAAUGAAACAAGGAAAACAUUUGAUAAAUUUGAUAAAGAGGUUUUCGAUAAAUUUAUAUUUGAUGUAAAUACAAAACAUUGGUCAAAAAAUAAAAUCGAACUAUCAAAAUGGUCUAAAGUUGCUAGUCUAAUCAGUAAUAGUGAUUUUUCAUCAGUUGAUUUCAAAAAAAAGGACGAUAAUGACUGUGUACAUUACAAUAUGGUAAUGAAUCACUCGGAUUCAACUGGUCAAUACUUUGUUCAAACCUCAAACAACAACAUUCAUUUAAAUAAAACAGGCUAUCCAUUAUCAAAAAGAAAAUUUAAUAUGAUAUGGGAUUAUAUUGCAGACUACUAUUUAACCAAUCAUGGAAAAAACAAUGUUACAUGGCUUAUUAAUACAAUGCAGAGGGGUGGUAGUAGAAAUCGUGAUAAAAUGGCCAUACCAUCACCUAUAAUUAAUAUUGUCAGUAGAACUGAUGCGCCAUGGUCCGUUAGUAAAUUUACAACAGAUGGUGCUCAACAUUCAAAGAUAUCAUAUUUAGUCGAUAUCACUGGUAAUCUAUUCUGUAUUGGUGAUCUUAAUUGGCAAGGUAAACAAGAAUCAAGAGGUGGUAGUGCAUUUUGUUCAAAAAAAUUAGAUUAUUUAGCUGAAUAUUAUGAAAGACGUGUUACUAUUAUUGCAGACCCUCCAACAACCUCAAACUAUAAUAAGUUUGGACCAGAGGUUAUUCCUUUUGGAACAGCGGGUUUUCAACUUGAUUUCACAACUAUUUUUACUGAUUUAGAAAAAAAAGGAUUUUAUGAAGUAAAUAAAAUACCAUUAAUUGAAAUUAAACAAUUAAACAAAAGUUCUAACCAAUAUGAAUCUUUCAAUCCCAAAGUAUUAAUAGAUACUACACCUACAAAACCAUCUGUAGAUUAUGAUAUAGAUGGUUCUUUUACAUUUAAUUAUACCAAAAAUAUCACAGCUUUCAAUAGUGAAAUAAAAGAAAUCUAUAUCCCAUUGAAACUAAAAAGCCUACAACCAGCCUCUCAAACCUUCGAAACUGAUCAAAAAAUCGGUCUAUUUGUAUCUCCAAUCCUCAAAGAUGAAAUUAUUUUUUGUAAUUUUAAUGACCUUCAUUGCACAUAUAAUCACGAAAACCAUUUAUUAAUAAAAAAUUUAACUUUUAUUUUCAAAAUGGGUGAUUAUAAAGGUAUAACUCCAACUCCUAAAGAAACCAGUAGCCAGACCAGAGGUCGUAAAAUGAAAGUAAUUUUCAGCCCCACCAUCUCUAUUCAAGCACCACUCAUGAUUAUCGCCAAUUAA